AUGUCCGCGCCGCAGGUCGUCCCGUGCGGCUCGUACGACAUCGUGCUGGGCUCGGCCCUGCUGCAGUCCCGCUUCGUGGCCGAGGACCUGCUGCAGCGCAUGCCCGGCACGGCCACCUUCGUGAUCCUCACAGACGCCAACGUCGGCCCGCUGUACGCCGAGCCGCUGCGCGCGCAGCUGGCCGAUCUGCUUGCGGCCCAGGGCAACGCCGCGCGCCGCGUGCUGCUACACGCCGUGCCCGCAGGCGAGGCGUCCAAGUGCCGCGCGAUGAAGGCCAAGAUCGAGGACGAGGUGCUCUUCCCCAACCGCUGCCACCGCGACACGUGCGUCGUGGCCGUGGGCGGCGGCGUCGUGGGCGACCUGGCCGGCUACGUGGCCUCCACCUACAUGCGCGGCGUGCCGUUCGUGCAGGUGCCCACGUCGCUGCUGGCCUGCGUGGACUCGAGCAUCGGCGGCAAGACCGGCAUCGACGUCGAGGCCGGCAAGAACCUGCUGGGCGCCUUCCACAUGCCGCAGCGCGUCUACAUCGACCUCAGCGUGCUGCACACGCUGCCCAAGCGCGAGCUCAUCAACGGCAUGGGCGAGGUCAUCAAGUCCGGCGCCAUCUUCGACGCCGAGCUCUUCGAGCUGCUCGAGACGUCGGCCGAGACCAUCCUCUCCCUCUCCGACAUGGACGUCGUGCAGCGCGUCGUGGCGCUCACGGUGCAGGUCAAGGCCACGGUCGUCACGGAGGACACCAAGGAGAUGGGUCUGCGCGCCAUCCUCAACUUCGGCCACAGCAUCGGCCACGGCAUCGAGGCGCUGGUGCAGCCCGAGUACCUGCACGGCGAGUGCGUCUCCAUGGGCUGCAUCAAGGAGGCCGAGAUCGCGCGUGGCAUGGGCGUCUGCACGUCGGCCACGGUGGGACGCCUGCGCCGCUGCCUCGCUGCUUACGGUCUCCCCGUGCGCGUGCCCGACCACGUGGCGACGCGCGAUGUGCUGGUCAAGAUGGAGGUGGACAAGAAAAACAGCCAGGGCGUCAAGAAGAUUGUGCUGCUCGAGGAGAUCGGCAAGGUGCUGUCCAAUCCGUACGCGCGCGCUGUCAAGGACCAUCAGAUCGAGCUCGUGCUCGAGAAGCAAGUGCGCAUGGUGCCUGGCUCGAAGGCCAACGGUACCAUCCGCGUCCCCGGCUCCAAGUCCAUCUCGAACCGCGUGCUGCUCAUGGCGGCCCUCGGCAAGGGCUCGUGCCGCAUUACGGGCCUCCUGCACUCCGACGACACGCAGGUCAUGAUGAACGCGCUGCAGAAGGUCGGUGCCAAGUUCUCGUGGGAAGACAACGGCGCUGUGCUGGUCGUGGAGGGCACCGCCGGAAAGUUUGCCACAGUGGCCGACGGAGAGGAGAUUUACCUUAGCAACGCCGGCACAGCUGCGCGCUUCCUUACGAGCGCUAUGACGCUGGUGCCCAGCGAAAACGACGGCACGGUGGUUGUCACGGGCAACUACCGUAUGAAGGAGCGCCCGAUUGCGCCUCUGGUGGACGCGCUGCGCAGCAAUGGUUGCGAAAUCUCCUACCUUGAAACCGAAGGCUGCCCGCCAAUUGCCGUCCGUGGCACUGGGCUGCGCGGUGCCACCAUGCGUUUGGCCGCCAAGGUCAGCAGCCAGUACGUGUCGUCUGUGCUCAUUAGCGCGCCGUACGCUAAGGAGCCGCUUGUGCUGGAGCUUGAGGAGGAGGAACCGACCUCGCUGCCGUACAUUCUCAUGACCACGCAGCUCAUGCAGCAGUUCGGCAUCCCGGUGGAAACUCUCGCCCCCAACCGCUACCGGGUGCCUUGCGGUGUGUACGAGAACCCGAAGGAAGUGUCUGUUGAGGUGGAUGCCUCGUCGGCCACGUACCCGUUGGCAUUUGCCGCCAUUACGGGCGGACAGGUGACGGUGGAGGCUCUGGGCAACACGAGUCUGCAGGGAGAUGCCGCUUUCCACACCCUGCUUCGCUCCAUGGGGUGCACUACUUCUCAGGAUGCUACUUCAACGACGGUGACUGGCCCGCAGGACGGUACCCCUCUGAAGGCCAUGGACAUUGACAUGGAAACGAUGACGGACGCGUUCAUGACGGCCGUCGCUCUCGCCGCAGUGGCGGACGGCACGACAAGAAUCACCGGUAUCGCGAACCAGCGCGUGAAGGAGUGCAACCGCAUUGAGGUUAUGGUGACCGAGCUGCGCAAGAUCGGCGUGGAGUGCGGUGACCUGCCUGACGGCAUCUGGAUCACGGGCACUGCCGGCAAGACCGACCACUUGAAGAAGGCGCUGAUUGCAUGCCACAACGACCACCGUAUCGCCAUGAGUUUUGCUGUCUUGGGCUCCGUGGUGGACAACGUCAUCGUCACCGACAAGGAGUGCACGGACAAGACUUACCCGGAGUUCUGGGACCACGUGCAGAUGCACCUUGGACUCCAGGUAGCCCCUGUUGUCGAGGAGCACUCGAAGAACAGCAACUCGGAUGACACCACUGUGCCUGGAAUUUUCCUGAUUGGCAUGCGUGGUGCGGGUAAGAGCUCGCUAGCGAAGGCCGCGUCCGCAGCUCUGAAGCUGAAUCUUCUGGACACGGACAAGGUGUUGGAAAAGGAGCUUGGUGAGAGCAUUGCCGACUUUGUUGCCCGCCACAACCACACGUGGGAAGCUUUCCGCGAAAAGCAGAAGGAGCUGCUGCUGCGCCUUAUCGCUAGCCCGCCGCCUGCCACGGUCAUUUCUUGCGGAGGCGGUGUCGUGGAGACUCCUGAGAUCGUGGACGCGCUCGCCAAGUACCCGUACGUGGUGAACGUGCACCGUGACAUUAAGGAUGUUCUGGCGUACUUGGACACUGCCGAGGAAUCGCACCGCCCGUCGCUGGGAGACACCCACGCGAAUGUUUGGGCGCGACGUGAGCCGCUUUACCAGCGCAGCGCUACGUUUGAAUUCGUGGUGACUGCUGGCGACACGGACUACCCGCGUAUCGAUCGCGACUUUGUCCGCUUCCUCUCCGUUAUUCUUCCCGGUCUGCCUACGAGCUUCGACUACCGCUCUGCCUGCCGCGCGGAUACGUUCUUCCUCUCACUGACGUUCCCCGAUGUGAACGACGCGCGCCCGAUUAUCAGCGACAUUACCAAGGGCGCCGAUGCACUGGAGCUGCGUGUCGAUCUGCUGAAGUACCCCCAAGACACGAAGUUUGUGGCUUCUCAGGUCGCACUUCUUCGGUCACUUUCGACGCUCCCGAUCAUCUUCACCGUGCGCUCGAAGGGCCAGGGAGGUGCUUUCCCUGAUGGCGAGGAGCACGAGCAGAAGAUGUUCGAGCUGCUUCAGCUCGGUGUCCGCCUGGGCUGUGAGUUCGUGGACGUGGAGACGUGCUGGUCGCGUAAGGCGCGCGAGCACUUGCUCGCUCACCGCCACCGGUCGGCCAUCAUCUCGUCCUUCCACGCCGUGCAGAAGCCGACGUCCGAGGCGGAGACGACGGCUAUUUUCAAUGAGUGCUACUCGCGGGGCAACGUGCAGAUCGUGAAGGUGGUCGUGAAGGCCUAUUCUCCCCAGGAUGCGCUUAUGGUUGACCGCGUGGCUAAGGACUUCGCGAAGGCGUGGCAGCAGCAGAUGCCGAUUAUUUCUCUCUGCACGACGGAGGCAGGCAAGCUGACUCGUAUGCUGAACCGCACGCUCACGCCGGUGACGCACCCGCUGCUGCCUGCCGCCGCGGCACCCGGACAGCUUUCCGUCGAGGAGAUCAUGACCCUGCGCAAGCAGCUUGGACUUCUCCCAGCGCGCGAGUUCUUCUUGUUCGGGUCCCCGAUCCAGAAGUCGCCGUCGCCUGCGAUGCACAACGCGGGUUUCGAGUCCACGUCUCUCGCUUCGCUCUUCACCUACGGCCUGCAUGACACCGCGGACGUUGUGGAGAUCGUGCAGCGCAUGCAAGCUCCCGGUACUACCUUUGGUGGUGGCUCCGUCACGAUUCCGCUGAAGGUGGACAUCAUGGAGCACCUGGACGAACUGUCGCCGGCCGCAAAAGCUAUCGGCGCAGUGAACACUAUCAUGCGCGAGGACCGCAACGGGUCACCGUACUGGAAGGGUGACAACACGGACUGGCUUGGCAUCCUGCGUCCCAUCAGCAAGCGUUUGGCCACUCUCAGCGUGAGGAAGCCUGCUGCGGAGCUGACGGCACUCGUUGUUGGCGCUGGCGGCACUUCCAUGGCUGCGUCCUACGCGAUGCGUCAGUUGGGCGUCGGCAAGCUGUUCAUCUUCAACCGCACUCUCGAAAAGGCCCAGGCCGUGGCUGCUCGCUUCGACGCGGAGGCUUUGUCGGAGCUUACUCCCGACACGCUGGCCCAGGUCGAUGUGGUGGUGGGGACGAUCCCGGCGCAGGCAGGAUUCCAGCUGCCCGACUACCUCGUGGCUCCGCGCGCCGACGGGGGCAAAGUAGUGGUGCUGGAUGCAGCCUACAUGCCGCCUAUCACGCCGAUGCUGGCGCAUGCGCACGCUGCGGGCGGCGCCGUGUGCAUUCAGGGCUACGAGAUGCUGUACGAGCAGGGCAUCGAGCAGUUCUACCGCUGGCACAAGGCCACCCAGGUGUGGAACGUGAACGAGGAGGCGAUCAAGGAGGCGUGCCGCCAGCACGUGCCCGCUGACCAGCGGCUCUCCAGCGCCUAAACAAGUGCCUGUGGACAACCCAAGCUAAGCUGCUGCUUCGUUCAAGGUUAGACAAGGUCCUUGCAUCCCCGGACCAGCAAGAAAAAAAAACUUGGUAAGAUACAAAAAUAUCAAGGUGCGCGCAUUACAUUCGGGCAGCUUUCC